GCGUCACCACGUCGGUUCCAGAUCAGAUCAGAACGGAUCAGCCGUUAGACCCAGCGCGGAAAAACUAGCACAAACCCGCACAAACCCGGGACAAACUGAGCAAAAGCGGGCCGUACGGGACCAUACAGGCGCUACUGGCCCGCAUGUGGGCGGAACCGGGUCAGUACCGAGCCAAGUUUGGAAAGUUAUACCGGAAAUACACGACGGAACCGGGCGGAUCGCGACGAGAGAGAGAGACAGCGGGUCAGAGAGCACCCGAACCGGGGAGAAGAGCACCCGAACCGGGGAGAGGAGCACCCACAGCCGGGGAGAGGAGCACCCACAGCCGGCUUCAACCGGGCUGGUCACCGCUGUGAUACGGGGCUAACUUUAAACCAGUUUAGAACCACUUUUAGCCUGAUUCAGAGCUCUGUUUAGUCCUGAUUUAGACCUGGUUCAGUCCUGGUGUAGUCCUGAUUUAGUCCUGGUUUAGACCUAGUUUAGUCCCGGUUUAGUCCCGGUUUAGUCCUGGUGUAGUCCUGGUCCAGAGAUGGAGAAGAGGAGGACCGACUGCCCGGCGCUGCCUCCAGGGUGGAAGAAGGAGGAGGUGAUCCGCAAAUCAGGCCUCAGCGCUGGGAAGAGUGACGUCUACUACUACAGCCCCUCAGGUAAAAAGUUCCGGUCUAAGCCUCAGUUGGUCCGGUUCCUGGGAUCGUCUGUGGACCUGUCAUGUUUCGACUUCCGGACGGGGAAAAUGGCACCUGGAAAACUCCAGAAGAGCAAACAGAGGACGAGACACGAUCCCGGAGUCACCAAGAGCGGGAAACCGGACCUGAACACAGCGCUGCCCAUCAGACAGACGGCCUCCAUAUUUAAACAACCUGUCACCAAGGUAACAGGUCACCCCGGCAACAAGGUGAAGAGCGACCAGCAGAGGGCGACGGAGCAGCCCAGACAGUUGUUUUGGGAGAAGAGGCUCAAAGGCCUGAGGUCUUCAGACGUGACACAAGAAACUCUGAGAACUAUGGACCUGCCCUCAGGACUGCACUGCAUCGGGCCGGACCCGUCGGAGGACUGUCUGCUGUGGGCCAUCUCCUCGGCUCUGCACCUGAGCUCAGGCCCCAUCAGUGGACAGAGCUCCAGCGCCGAGAAGAACCCGGCCGUCUGGAUCAACUGCAGCCAACCCCCGUGUAGAAGCUUUACUGUCACCGAGCAACACAUCAGGGUGCAGGAGCAGGUGGUGAACCAGGUGCGGCGCAGCCUGGAGGAGGCGCUCACCGCAGACACUUUGGCCCGAACCGCCGAGAGCACGAGAGAGAGGAGAGCCCGCUGACCAAUCACAGAGCAGAGAGCAACCGGGCCAGCCAAUCACAGGUCUUUUUCAUGUUCAUUGAACCUUGCAGCUCCGCCUACAGCCUUAAACCCGACCUGCACCUGCUAACGCCAGAGACUCCGCCCCCAUCGCCGCCCCACCCACACACCCAGGCCCCCUCCACACCCAUCACUGCCACACCCACCGCCCGGUCACCACGGAGACGGAGACGAGCACAAAGAAAAGGACAGAGAACGGCGCGAGGAACCAAUGAGAGCAACGUUAAGAGAGGCUUUGAUUCUGAAGAGUUAGGGGCUUUUAUUUUGAAGAGUUAGAGGCUUUUAUUUUGAAGAGUUAGAGGCUUUUAUUUUGAAGAGUUAGAGGCUUUUAUUUUGAAGAGUUAGAGGCUUUUAUUUUGAAGAGUUAGAGGCUUUUAUUUUGAAGAGUUAGAGGGCUUUUAUUCUGAAGAGUUAGAGGGCUUUUAUUUUGAAGAGUUAGAGGCUUUUAUUCUGAAGAGUUAGAGGGCUUUUAUUUUGAAGAGUUAGAGGGCUUUUAUUUUGAAGAGUUAGAGGCUUUUAUUCUGAAGAGUUAGAGGGCUUUUAUUUUGAAGCAUCAGAGGGCUUUUAUUUUGAAGAGUUAGAGGCUUUUAUUCUGAAGAGUUAGAGGCUUUUAUUUUGAAGAGUUAGAGGCUUUUAUUCUGAAGAGUUAGAGGCUUUUAUUCUGAAGAGUUAGAGGCUUUUAUUCUGAAGAGUUAGAGGCUUUUAUUCUGAAGAGUUAGAGGGCUUUUAUUUUGAAGAGUUAGAGGGCUUUUAUUUUGAAGCAUCAGAGGGCUUUUAUUUUGAAGAGUUAGAGGGCUUUUAUUUUGAAGAGUUAGAGGGCUUUUAUUUUGAAGAGUUAGAGGGCUUUUAUUUUGAAGAGUUAGAGGGCUUUUAUUCUGAAGAGUUAGAGGGCUUUUAUUCUGAAGAGUUAGAGGCUUUUAUUCUGAAGAGUUAGAGGCUUUUAUUCUGAAGAGUUAGAGGCUUUUAUUCUGAAGAGUUAGAGGCUUUUAUUUUGAAGAGUUAGAGGGCUUUUAUUUUGAAGAGUUAGAGGCUUUUAUUCUGAAGAGUUAGAGGCUUUUAUUCUGAAGAGUUAGAGGCUUUUAUUCUGAAGAGUUAGAGGCUUUUAUUCUGAAGAGUUAGAGGCUUUUAUUCUGAAGAGUUAGAGGCUUUUAUUCUGAAGAGUUAGAGGGCUUUUAUUCUGAAGAGUUAGAGGGCUUUUAUUUUGAAGCAUCAGAGGGCUUUUAGUUUGAAGAGUUAGAGGGCUUUUAUUUUGAAGAGUAAGAGGGCUUUUAUUUUGAAGAGUAAGAGGGCUUUUAUUUUGAAGAGUAAGAGGGCUUUUAUUUUGAAGAGUUAGAGGGCUUUUAUUUUGAAGAGUUAGAGGGCUUUUAUUUUGAAGAGUUAGAGGGCUUUUAUUUUGAAGAGUUAGAGGGCUUUUAUUCUGAAGAGUCAGAGGGCUUUUAUUCUGAAGAGUCAGAGGGCUUUUAUUCUGAAGAGUCAGAGGGCUUUUAUUCUGAAGAGUCAGAGGGCUUUUAUUCUGAAGAGUCAGAGGGCUUUUAUUCUGAAGAGUCAGAGGGCUUUUAUUCUGAAGAGUCAGAGGGCUUUUAUUCUGAAGAGCAUGUGCAGAAAUGAGGACGUAUGUGAGUAAAGGUGACGAGGGCUGAAUCCAACUCCCCCAAAACAAAAGUGAAACUUAUAAAACAUUUUAAUUCUUUGUUUUGGGUGAAUAUAACAUUUUAAAAACAAUAAAAGGAAACAUGGAGAUCUAAAUGUUAUGUGUUACAGGUAAAACCCGCAGAAGUAAAUACCCCCUCUUUAAAAAGGAAUCAGGUCAAAGGUCAAAGCUUGAGAAAUGAUAUUGAUAUGAAAAUGCCGUUAACUGUGACUUUUGACCUCUGACCCCGUUUCCCUUUGACGUUAAACUAUGCAUUUAUGGUGAUACUGAGUGAUGUCAAUGCCAAGCACUUACUAACCAAUCAGGGCUCAGGACAGACCGGAGGCGGGGCUUAUCCUGUUUUAUGCAAAUGUGCUUUUAACUUACGCUGCUUUGGGUCGUCAGGGUUUGAUUCAAUGAAAUAAUUAUGAGACGUAUUUAAAACAGAUUUUAUACUUUUGAUGAAACUAAAUAAAAAUGAAAUGACAUGUU